UGGGAGUUCCUGUCUCCUGCUGAAAUGACAAACCAGUUGUUUUGGCUUUUGAAAUACUUGCCCAGGUUGGGGUGAAAAAAGAAACCUAUUGUAGAUGUCUUAUCCCUACAGGAGCUGUAAGCAAGAAAUAAUUACCACCUGCACUUUCCCAUGGGAGACACAUUUUCUCCACAAACAAUAACAGUAGUUCAUGGGAGAUUAUUGGAAUGCAGAAAUAUGAGUGUGCACACAUUCUUUUACUUUGUAUCAUCUGCUGUUUACUUGUGUAAAGAAAGUAUUAGUUUUUUUUUUACCUAUUGUUUGAAAUAACUUAUUUUAUAGUCCUUUUAAUAACUCAUUAUUUGAACCAUGGAAUCGGUUUACUGUAAUCUUAAUCAUUUAAUCCAAAAUCACCCUCUCCUUCGUAAACUGUUUAUUCUCUGCACGUGGCAUGUACCUGUUAAAAGAUCUCAGCAGCAGUGCAUAUCAAAGCUAAAAUGUUUGCAGUGAAUUUAUGAUUUAUGUCGGAUGGGCUAAUGUGAUGUUUGAUUGCAAUAUUUGCAUUGAUUUCCGCUGUGAUUUAUAACGAAAACAUUCCUGCUGUCUGUGAAUAGGACAUCUUUUUAAUAUCAACUGCAGAUAUUAAUUGUCAAUAAAAAAAUUAAUUUGUUGCCUGUAUUGGCUUUGACAAAACUGUGGUCUUUAUUUUAUGUACUGUAUGACUGUUAUGUGAAUAGACAGACAAACUGAUGGGUGGGUGGAUGGAUAGAUAGAUAGAUGCCAGUGAAACAGUUUUCUUUUUCUUUUCUUUACUGAUUUGUGUGAUUUUUAACUCUACUUGCUCCUAAGCUCGAUGUGAAGUUGGCCAGUGUUUAAAGGGAGGAACUCCUGACUCUCUGUAAUUGGGACUCCAAUCAGCAGUGGGAGGCAGUUUAAAAGGCGUCUCCCUUCUCGCAGGCGCUUGUAAAACAAUGAAUGUCAUUGAGUGCGGACAAUUUUGAAUGCAGGCAGACUGACAAGCAGGGAAACUUGCGCUACCUUCCCCGGCGAUGACCCCCUGACUGAAUGUUUCCAUUUUGCUCUGAAUUUUUAUAAAGCCAUUUGAACUUGGCUACAACAAACACAUCUGCAGCAGCUUCAGAUCUGAGUUUCAAAGUCUCGGAGGAAACGGGAGCGGUGAGUCAGCGACACGAAACGGAUUAUCGACGAUCGUUCACGGCAUCAUCACACAGCUGGUUUACUUUACUCCGCCCGGAUCACUGUCAGCCCUGGUUACCCCGCGAAAAUAACAGAGAAAGACAGUUUUGCGCAUAAUUCGAUUUAACUGCAUUAUUUGUAGAACUUGUGGAACUGUUGAGCAAGUGUUGAGCAACUUUAAAAGCAAUGGUGGGAAGACUGAACCUGCGGAAUGUGUGUGACGACGAUCCGCUGGAUAUGAAUUUGAAAGCUGAUCGGCCGCUGGACAGUCCUGACUCCGGUCUGCCCCCGAGCCCGAGCGUCUGGUUACUGCAGGGCGCCGGGGCUGGUACCCCGAUUACAGAAGACGAGAACAGAGGGCCAGAUGUGGUUCAUAAUAAUCGCCAUUUGCAUGCAUUGUCCUAUGGAGAAGGAAUUGAACUUGAUCCUCUGCCACUGAAAGAAAUAAGAUACACGUCAUCAGUGCGUUAUGAUUCAGAUCGGCACUUCAUCCAGGACGUGACCCUGCAGCCCAAGGGUUUGGGUCUGGAGAUGUGCAGGCAGACGGUGUUGGCCCUGCCUCAGAGCACCUGGAGACAUUACAAGACCCAGCUGGAGUUCCAGCCCCGUCAGCGGGUGCAGCGCUACCAGAGCACCACCAUAGUGUACCCCAAACACACCCGGACCUUCUACACCACCCAGCUCAAAUAUGACGGGCACAAGCUGACCAAGCGCUUCUUCUCUGCUGUAGAGAUGCAGGCUUCUGAUUGCCAGGCUAGUCUUUAAAAGACACCCAAGCAUCUGUGCCUGAAGUUACGCCCAUAUGUACCAUAUAUAAACCACCGCCUACAUUCAUUGAGUCCAAAGAAGGAAAAAAGGAAACUCGGACUGAAAUUGUUGCCAGUUGGAAAGGGGAUCCCUAGACAGAUGCGCAGUUUUAGUUUGUUUUAAGCUGAAGGAAGUGUAAGCAACUGUGUUGCUAUGUUUGAAGGUUUGCUUAGGAGCAGCAUAUGGAGAUUUGUAUGUGUUUUCUCCAUCAGUUAUCAAUGGUAAUGUACAACAAUGGUUUUUAAUUGUACGUAGACAUGUUGUUGAUUAUUUAAUGGUGAGAUUCAAGUUUCAGAUAUUCUCCUCUAAUCUUGGGCCAUCAUUGGUUUGAAGGUUAGAUUUGAUUUUGGCACAUAAUUGGCCAUAGAGAAAUACAUGAUUUACUAGAGAGCAAACUUUUACCCGAUCAUAAAGUAAGUAUUAGAAUAAUACAAGGGUGCAGUUUAGGUUUGGUUUACAAAGGUGGAUAUUCAGUACAAACAUU